ACAAAGUAACGUGCCUCCUCAGCAUUCUUUCUUCACUAAAACUUUACUGGUUUAAAGGAAGGAAAUGGGCCUGUGAACUUUUAGCUGAGGCAUGAAUCUGUGUUGGAAUGCAGAGUUCUGUGGAAGGACUGAGACAGAAUGUUUCUUUAAAUCAGACAGGAGAUGUACUUCAUGUGGGGAUGAUUGAGAAAAGCUGUGUGCGACAAAUGAUUCUUGGAAAAGUGCUUUUAACAACAACAUAACCCUGCGUUCAUGGUCAUCAUGGCUCAAGUGACAACUCCUAAGAACUGGGAGGAGGUGGCCAAGCUGCAGAAGCAUCUGGCCCUGCUCCGGCAGGAGUACGUGAAGAUGCAGCAGAAACUGGCCGACACCGAGCGGCGAUGCGCCGUGCUCGCCGCCCAGUCCCCGGGUCAGGGCCCGUCCGGCCCCGCGGCCACAGACACCUUCAUCAGCCGUUUGCUGGACAUCGUGGCCGACCUCUACCAGCAGGAGCAGUACAGUGAUCUGAAGGUCAAAGUGGGGGGGGAGAACCUCUGUGCCCAUAAGUUCGUGUUGGCCGCUCGUAGUGACGUGUGGAGUCUGACCAACCUGGCCUCUACGUCUGAACUGGACCUAACUGAUUGCAAGCCUGAGGUUGCCACGGCGAUGCUCCGCUGGGCCUAUACAGACGAGUUGGAACUCAGCGAGGACGAUGCCUUCCUUAUCGACCUGAUGAAACUGGCCAAUCGCUUCCAGCUCCAGCUGCUCAGAGAGAGAUGUGAAAAAGGUGUGAUGUCAUCAGUCAAUGUGAGGAACUGCAUUCGCUUCUACCAGACAGCGGAGGAGCUGAACGCUACCACUUUAAUGAACUACUGUGGGGAGAUCAUUGCCAGUCACUGGGAUGAUCUGAGGAAAGAAGAUUUCAGCACCAUGAGCGCCCAACUCCUGUACAAGAUGAUCAAGUCCAAAACAGAAUAUCCUCUGCACAAAGCCAUCAAAGUGGAACGAGAGGACGUGGUCUUCCUCUACCUCAUCGAAAUGGACUCACAGUUACCGGCCAAGCUGAAUGAACUGGACAACAAUGGAGAUCUGGCCCUCGACCUGGCGCUUUCUCGUAAAUUAGAGAGUAUCGCCACGACGCUGGUGAACAACAAAGCUGACGUGGACAUGGUGGAUCAGAGCGGCUGGAGCCUACUGCACAAGGCCAUACAACGAGGUGAUGAGUUCGCCUCCAUCUUCCUGAUCCGCCACUCGGCACAGGUGAAUGCGGCCACCGUGGGCGCCGUGGAAACCCCUCUGCACCUCGUCUGCUCCUUCAGCCCCAAAAAACACUUGGCGGAAGUUAUGAGUGGCAUGGCUCGGAUCGCAGAGGCUCUGCUGAAGACUGGAGCAAACCCCAACAUGCAGAACAGCAAGGGCAGAACUCCAUUACAUGAAGCCGUGGCGUCGGGGAACGAGCCGGUGUUCAACCAGCUCCUUCAGUGCAAACAGCUGGACCUGGAGCUCAAGGACCAUGAAGGCAGCACGGCGCUGUGGUUGGCGCUGCAGUACAUCACCAUGGCCUCGGACCCCUCUGUGAACCCCUUCGAGGACGACGCACCUGUCGUCAACGGAACCUCAUUUGACGAGAACAGUUUUGCAGCUCAGCUCAUCCAGAGAGGAAGUAACCCCGACGCCCCCGACGCCAGCACAGGAAACUGUCUGAUGCAGAGAGCAGCCCGGGUAUCCAACGAGGCCGCUGCUCUGUUCCUCGCCACCCAUGGGGCAAAGGUCAACCACGUCAACAAAUGGGGUGAGAGUCCUCUUCAUACGGCGUGUCGCUGUGGCUUGGCCAGUCUGACGGCCGAGCUGCUCCAACAGGGGGCCAACCCCAACCUGCAGACUCAGAAAGCCCUGCCCGAUGACGUCGUGGGCGUGGCCAUGCAGACCCCCCUCCACAUGGCCAUCGCUCACAACCACCCCGACGUGGUCUCCGUCAUCCUCGAGCAAAAAGCCAAUGCACUUCACGCCACCAACAACUUCCAGAUCAUUCCAGACUUCAGCCUCAAAGACUCGGUGGACCAGACAGUGUUGGGCCUGGCCCUGUGGACAGGUAUGCACACCAUAGCGGCCCAGCUGUUAGGUUCAGGGGCGUCCAUCAACGACACCAUGUCCAACGGACAAACACUGCUGCACAUGGCCAUCCACAGACAGGACAGCAAGAGCGCCCUGUUCCUCCUGGAGCAUCAGGCCGACAUCAAUGUGAGGACUCAGGAGGGACAAACAGCACUCCAACUGGCCAUCAGUAACCAGCUGCCUCUGGUGGUUGACGCCAUUUGCACACGAGGAGCUGACAUGUCUGUGGUGGACGACAAAGGCGACCCCCCGCUGUGGCUCGCAUUGGUCAACGGUCUGGAAGAUAUCGCAUCCACACUGGUCCGUCAUGGCUGUGAUGCUACGUGUUGGAGCUCAGGUCCCUCUGGGUGUCAGCAGAGCCUCCUGCACCGAGCGGUGGAUGAAAACAACGAGGUCACCGCAUGUUUCCUGAUCCGCAGUGGGUGUGACGUGAACAGUCCCCGACGACCGGGGCCCAACGGGGAAGGAGACGAGGAGGCCCGAGACGGGCAGACGCCCCUCCACCUGGCGAGUAACUGGGGUUUGGAGGAGGUGGUGCAGUGCCUUCUGGAGUUUGGAGCCAAUGUCAACGCACAGGACGCGGAGGGCAGAGCUCCCAUCCACGCCGCCAUCAGCAACCAGCACAACGUCAUCAUCCAGCUGCUCAUUUCCCACCCGGACAUCCGCCUGAGCAUCCGCGACCGCCAGGGGAUGACGCCAUUCGCCUGCGCCAUGACGCACAAGAACAACAAGGCAGCGGAGGCCAUCCUCAAGAGGGAGCCAGGCGCCGCUGAGCAAGUGGAUAACAAAGGCCGAAACUUUCUUCACGUGGCCGUGCAGAAUUCGGACAUCGAAAGCGUCCUGUUCCUCAUCAGCGUCCAGGCCAACGUCAACUCCAGGGUCCAGGACGCCGCCAAACUCACCCCCCUCCACCUGGCGGUCCAGGCCGGCUCCGAGAUCAUAGUUCGCAACUUGCUGCUCGCCGGAGCCAAAGUCAACGAGUUGACGAAACACCGACAGACGGCGCUGCAUUUGGCCGCUCAGCAGGACCUGGCCACCAUUUGUUCUGUUUUGUUGGAGAAUGGAGUCGACUUCGCUGCAGAGGAUGAGAACGGCAAUAACGCUCUGCAUCUGGCUGUGAUGCAGGGACGCCUUAACAAUGUCAGAAUCCUUCUCACAGAGUCCAACAUCGACGCCGAGGCCUUCAAUCUCAGGGGUCAGUCUCCAAUGCACGUAUUAGGUCACUAUGGGAAGGAGAACGCCGCCGCCAUAUUUGAGUUGUUCUUGGAGUGUAUGCCUGAAUAUCCUCUGGAUAAACCAGACAAUGAAGGGAACACAGUUCUCCUUCUCGCCUACAUGAAAGGAAACGCUAAUUUGUGCCGCGCCAUCGUGAGAGCCGGGGCUCGACUGGGCGUCAAUAAUAAUCAGGGCAUCAACAUUUUCAACUACCAAGUUGCCACCAAACAGCUGCUCUUUCGCCUUUUAGAUAUGCUUUCCAAAGAGCCUCCAUGGUGUGACGGAUCAAACUGCUAUGAAUGUGCUGCAAAGUUUGGAGUUACGACGAGAAAACAUCACUGCCGCCACUGUGGGCGCCUGCUGUGCCACAAGUGCUCUAUAAAGGAGAUCCCCAUCAUCAAGUUCGACUUGAACAAACCUGUGAGGGUGUGCGACAUCUGCUUCGACGUACUGACUCUGGGCGGGGUUUCUUAAUGUGGGCGGGGUUUCCUAAUGCAGCAUCCCCAUUCCUGUUCCCACUGCCGCUACACUCGCCAUGUCGGGCCCAGCAGGAGGAGGAGGAGGGGGAGGAGGACGUCAGUAGCAGGCCAAGCUAGUGAGACUCCCGGACAUUUAUGGACCAUCAUUUCUAUUCUAUCGCAGUGUUUGACAAACUAUUCAUGUUCUAGAGGGACUUCAGUAGAAAGAGCGUUUUUGUUUUUUGGAUCAUAAUCUCUGUAAAACCAGCGUCUUUUUCAGAGAUGUCGGUGAUAAUUCGACCCUUAUUGACCAAAGCGGACCACUGCAGUUCAUCCAUUUCAGAUCAGUGAUAAAGUGUCGAUUUACCAGAUAAGCUUUGGACGUGGUAAGUCGACACAUUUCAUCCGGAGCAGCCUCGGUGCCAUAAGCCCCGCCCAUAAACCGACCAAACCUUCAUCAAUUCGAGGAGGCUGCUGUCGAAUAAAGAAAAACUCUGAAUGUAAACUUCCCCCUAGAUCACUGAAUACAAGGACCGAGCUCAUCACGUCAUCUUUCAUCAUCAUCAUGUUUCACUCAUAUGGGUUUGUAUCAGAGUGGAAAAGGAGGAUUUAAAGGGAACACAUUCAUUCAUCUAUUCAUUAGAUUUACUUUAUAGUUAAAUCUCAAACGGAAUGAGACCGUCCAUAUGCAGGGCCGUCUUAACAGUGUCAUGGGCCCCCGGGCAAAGCCAAGUACUGGGGCCCCUCCCACAACUACCCACAGGAAUUAUUAUUGGAUGGAAGUCGAUGGGUUUUCAGGAUGUGAUUUUCUGUCAACAUAAGUCAAAGACAGUUCAGGCUACAAUGCUGAUAUUUUUUUUUUUUUUUUUUACGUUUCAGUCUUGAAAAAGAGCGUUCUCCUGUACAGUUGGUCCCCGUCAUGCACAUGAACACUCUCAGUGACGUUUCAACAUUUGGAAAUACAGAUUUCAAAUUGUCGGAAAGUAUUUUUCUGUACAAAUACUAGUAUAAAAUAAUAAAAUAAAAUCUGUAAAAAAUGAUUGAAAACUUUUAGUACAAAAU